AAUUUUCCAUGUACGUACAGUUUAACAUGAAACAUUGAAGUGAAUGAUGUGUCAGUAAUUGUGUUAAAUUAUGGUUUCCGAUAAUUGUAACUAUUUGUUAAAACGUGAAAAACAAGUGUCAAUGUACGUAUAGCGCUGUAUACAUACAUACUUUUACACGAGGUAGUAGGAAUUUACACUGAUUAAGGCAGAUGUUUGGAGAAAAUGAGAACAAUUCCCACACUGUCAAGAUGGAUUCUAUUGUGCCGUAUACUUGCCUAUUUAUUGAUGCUGACUGGCGAGACUAUGUUGAAGCAACAUCCAGCUGUGUAAGAUGUGGGACAAAUCGGACCAAGGUCAUUGACGAUAUCAAUUCACUAUGGGUCAAUGAAAACAAUAGAAACAGUGUUUUGCCAUGUCUUUCUGUGAGAAGUGGUCUUGACCUAUAUCUUAAGGUCAUGAAUUUUCCACCAGGGUCAGAGGUCAUUAUGUCAGCUAUAAAUAUACCUGACAUGGUGACAGUGGUAAAACAUCACAAUCUUAAGGUUGUACCAUUAGAUAUCAACAUUGAAACUACGGGACCGAAAGUGGAACUCUUGCCAAGUCUAGUCACUGAUAAAUCUGUUGCUAUCCUAGUCGCUCACGUGUUCGGGAAAUGGUGUGAUAUGGACCCCGUAAUCGCAGCCGCUCAGCAAUAUGGUCUAGUUGUGAUAGAAGACUGUGCCGAGGCAUUCUGUGGGUUCGAGCGUCUAGGCGAUCCUAGAUCAGACAUUGCAUUAUUUAGUUUUGGCGUCAUAAAAUAUCUCACGGCAUUCGGAGGUGCAAUAGCGAAAGUUAAAAAUGAUUCCGUGUUCUCAAAAAUGGCAAAGUUGUACGAGACUAGAGAUGUUCAGUCUAGAUGGGAGUAUUUUAAAAAGACGUGUAAAUGUUUAACGGUGUUUCUGGCUCUAGCAUGUCCUUGCGUUAGUCAGACAAUAAUGUACCUAUGCAGAUGUUGUAAUUUGGAUCAUAAGCAGGUGUUCGUCAAGAUGCUCCGGGGUUUUCCUGAUCAAAUGUUGAAGAAGAUUAAACUUCAGCCGAGUACUCAGCUACUUAUGAUGGUGAGAAAAAGGUUCAGAGAUUUCCGUGAAGCUGAUUAUAAUAUAGGUACUGUAAAAGGAGAAUAUGUUCGGAUGAGAUUACCGGAGGAUGUACAGCUGGUAGGUAUGAAGGCCAAGGUCAAUAAUUACUGGCUGUUUCCUAUACUUGUAGAAAACCCAGAUACCAUUCUCAGCUACUUGAACGCCUUUGGAGUAGAUGCGUACCGUGGUGCUACACAGCUGAACAUCAUUGAACCGGAACAAGAGUCCGGUAAAAAUCCGGAAACUCAACUGGAUCCUCGGUACCCCACGGAGGCUCGAUACCUUAUUGAUCAUGUGAUAUACCUACCAGUACACAAGAAAGUACCAUUCCAUGCCUUAAACAAGAUCUGUAAAGCUGUCAGUCAAGCCAUCCAAAUGAGUAAAGAUUCUCCAAAAGUUAGACUCCAGUCAAAGCUUUAACCCCACCAAUGUUUUUGUAAUGAGCUUUCCCUGCUGUGAAUUAAGAAAAGUCCAUUUAUAAUUAUGGGAAUGAUGAUAGCAUUGUUCUGAAGUUUAGCAGAGGACAAUGUAGGAUCUAGUCGAGUUAUAUACAAGUGCUAAAAGAUGGGUUGUCUCAGUUUUUCCUGGCAUGACAGUAGGUCUGCCUUUAUCCAUCUUCGGUUACCUACAAUACACUUUCCGUACAUAUUACGUUAUCGUAUGUAGUAUAUACAGAAUAUAUUUAAACCGUGGUUAACCGAUGAUGGCCUUUAUCAUAAAAUAUCAUAAUCAAAGUUACAUCCUUGAAUGGGAGCAAAAUAUUCAGAUAAUUUUAUAACAUUUUGUUAAAAUUCAAUUUAUAUAAGAUUGUGUAUUUAUGUAUAUGUGUUGAAACCAUUGUCUGAUCAAUUAUUUAUUCACUUUUCACUCAUGCAAAUUAGCAACAAUAACAAAUAUUGUUGAUGAAAUCAAUGUCCAGUGUGAUUGUUGCAAAAAAUAAGUGCCUUAUUUUAGUUAAGGGCUCUUAAAAUUAAGGGAUAAUGUCCAAAUACUGAUUUUGAAGUCAAAAGGUCAGAGGUCAA